UAAGAUAUGGACUUCCUCAUCUUCUCGGCUAAACACAAUUAAAGAAGUUUCUAUUUCUUUGUUAAAAAUGCCUUUCUCGUCUUCUUCUUAUUCUACUUCGUCCACUUGGACAAUCUUAAUCACAUUGGCAUGUCUUAUGCUUCGUGCGCCUUUGUCCGAUGCUCAGCUUACCCCUACCUUCUACGACACUUCAUGUCCUAACGUCGCUAACAUCGUACGAGACACCAUUGUCAACGAGCUAAGAUCGGACCCUCGUAUCGCCGCGAGCAUCCUCCGACUUCACUUCCACGACUGCUUUGUUAAUGGUUGUGACGCAUCGAUCUUGUUGGACAACACCACAUCAUUCCGAACAGAGAAAGAUGCAGCUGGAAACGCAAAUUCGGCUCGGGGAUUUCCUGUGAUUGAUAGAAUGAAAGCCGCAGUGGAGAGGGCUUGCCCACGAACCGUUUCAUGCGCAGAUAUGCUCACCAUCGCUGCUCAACAAUCUGUUACUUUGGCAGGAGGUCCUUCUUGGAGGGUUCCUUUGGGGAGAAGAGACAGCGUACAAGCAUUUUUGGAUCUAGCUAAUAGAAAUCUUCCAGCUCCAUUCUUCACACUUCCACAACUUAAGGAAAAUUUUGCAAGAGUUGGUCUCAAUCGUCCUUCUGAUCUUGUUGCUCUUUCCGGGGGUCACACAUUUGGUAAAAAUCAAUGCCGAUUCAUUAUGGACAGAUUAUACAAUUUCAGCAACACCGGUUUACCCGACCCGACCCUCAACACUACUUACCUCCAAACUCUUCGUGGACUAUGUCCCCAAAGUGGCAACUUAAGUGCCCUGGUAGAUUUUGAUCUGCGUACGCCUACGGUUUUCGACAACAAGUACUAUGUGAAUCUCAAAGAACAAAAAGGUCUUAUCCAGAGUGACCAAGAGUUGUUCUCUAGUCCCAAUGCAACUGACACAAUCCCCUUGGUGAGGGCAUAUGCUGAUGGCACACAAACAUUCUUCAAUGCGUUCGUGGAGGCGAUGAAUAGGAUGGGAAACAUUUCGCCUACUACAGGGACUCAAGGACAGAUCAGGUUGAAUUGUAGGGUGGUUAACUCUAACUCUCUACUCCAUGAUGUGGCCGAGGUCGUCGACUUUGUUAGCUCUAUGUGAGACUAGUAUACUCAAAUAUCUAUGUGGUUGCCAAAAUAUAUGUUAAGAUAAAUAAAACGCUCUCAAGAUGUUACUUGACACUAUUUUAUUUUAUUUUAGAUCACACUAGUUGUUGUCUUGCGUUGUACUUAGAGAUAAUAUAUAAUAAUAAAGAAAUUGGAGAACAGAAUAUUUUGGGGGUU